AUGAGCCAAUUCUCUAGCCUCGACGCAGGUGCAAGUGUUCAGCCACAAGCCGAAGUUUCACAUGACGGCCUGCCGCCGUACUCCGAUGAAGCAAACAACACUGCCAAAGAAGGAGUUCAGAACGUUCUUCCAAAAUAUCCUCCAGGGCUGCCAAUGCAUCUGAGAAGUGGCCGGCAGGUAGCUGCGCAGCAGCACUCGGAGCGGCCACCCUUCAGUAAUCAGCUUCCGCAACCAGAGGCUCAGGUUCAACAACCGUUUGAUAAUCAGCUCCCCCAGCAACCUCUGCUUCAACAGAUUCGUUUCACGGAUGUUGAUGUCGAGAUCAUUGGGAACCAUAUGGCGGGAGUUUGCCAUGCUAUGGACGCCUGCCGUCAAGUGUUGUGGACGAGAAUGGGGGUGUGCCAUGCGCUUCAGAACGCCUUUGAAGAUGAGAGGAGGGCUCACUCUGACUACGCCAAGUCGUACGAGAUGUUGUACACUCAGCACCAAAAUGCUCUGUCGGAACUCAACACCCUCUCAGCCGAAUGUCGAUCCUUGAGUGGACGAAAUGACUGGUAUUGUCGGCAAAUCUUCUUUCCCCCAAAAGAUAUCGAAGGUGUAGGUAUCUUCCAAGAUGCAGGACCCCUCCAAAAUGACCCUUUGAUUGCGGCUCUGGCCGAAGCACCGGCUCUUUUUCCAGCAGGGAAAACCCCAGACUUUGUGGUGUCGCUGGGGACGGGCAGAACGCCUGUAGCGGAGAAUACGACGGUAACCCCGGGGAACUUCUGGCGGAAUAGAGCGUCACCCCGACUUUGGAGAAUGUUUUCGGAGAAGAUGCGUGAUCGAGAUAUUAGAAGACUGUAUAACGAAGAUCCUCGGUACCAUAGAGUCGACUUCGAAUUCAGUGACGUCGAGCCUCGCUUGGAAAAUAUCAAACAGAUGCGGGAUCUACAGUCAACCCCGUGCAAGGGUGUAACGAUCAUGAAAGCCAUUGAUAACAUUGCCAGGUCUGCUAUCUCGUGUCUCUUUUACUUUAAAUUAGAGACUUUACCUGUUGCUCACCAUGGUGCAACACGUGCAAGUGGCUUUAUCCGCUGCUGGAUUCGGCAGAGUGAUCCAGCUUUUCAGACUCUCAUUCAACAACUCACUCAAGCAUCUGCUGCUUUCUACCUUAACGAACGCAUAAUCCCAGGAGAUAUUGAUGACCCAUCAUUUUGGGACAGGGACGGAAACUUCUCUAAACAUAUCGAAUUACAUGAUGGUAAAUUCAGUAUAAAGCCGCGUCAAGGGGUCAACGAAUCAUGUAACAUCAGUGGCUCCCCUUAUUGUACGGAAAAGUUGAUCGCAUUUCAAGGUUUGAAUGCUGUUUUUGGAAGGGCGGAUCGUCGGAAGAGGAAACGACGUGCAAAGAAUAACACAACUGCAAGGCAAAAGCGUCGGUUGAGGUACUAA